CCGCCACAGUGCGCGCGUGUAUGUGUAGUGCGUUGACGAGAAAUAAUUCGGGGGUGGUUUUCUUUUGUGUUUUUUGCUGUCCGUCACAAGCUCGUAUGAUCGUUGUGCCACGAACAAACAAACCAGUGUUUGGGUGCUUGAGCACUAGUGUUCUCUAGCAGGUAACGAUCGCACGGUCUCGGUGGUUUAGCAGCAGCGAGAACGUCGACGACCUGGUGGUGGAGAUUAAAGGCCGCAACGAGAGGGUAGGUGGAGGUGGUGUUGAUGUGGAUUGUCCAACCGUCACCUACCGAUCACGGCUGCCGGCGUGUGGGAGUUAGUUCCAGAACGUGGAUCAUCUCUAGAAGGUCAUUCCGAAACCCUCCAAAAAGAAAAGACGGUUAAUCUCUCCCUCUAGCUACGCGCUAGAAGAGGACGAGUGAGUGAGAGAUAGAAAGGCGAAAAAGAAUAGAAGUGCGUGAUUGUGAAGAUAUUCCAUACCUGUAAUUUGGUGACGGUUAAAACGACGACGACGACGAAGAUCGCGACCCGGGAGGGUGUGGACGUGCCUCAACCCUCAACGAAUUAGGGGAACCGAGAAAGUACCCGCGCAGCCGCCAGGAUGUUCAAGUACAUACCGAUAUUUAAGGGAUGCAACCGGCAGAUCGAGUACGUCGACAACCGGCACUCGUCGCUGCCGAACGUGCCGGAGGAGAUCUUCCGCUAUUCGAACAGUCUGGAGGAGCUGCUGCUCGAUGCGAACCACAUUCGCGAUUUGCCGAAGGGAUUUUUUCGUCUAUAUCGGCUGCGGAAGCUCGGGCUGAGCGACAAUGACAUUAUCAAAAUUCCAUCCGACAUACAGAACUUUGUCAAUCUGGUCGAGCUGGAUGUGUCGCGCAAUGAAAUCGGUGACAUACCCGAGGACAUCAAGCAUCUCCGCAGCCUGCAGAUAGCCGAUUUCAGCUCGAACCCGAUCUCGCGGCUACCGGCCGGCUUUACCCAGCUGCGGAAUUUGACCGUGCUCGGCCUGAACGACAUGUCGCUCAUUUCGCUACCACAGGACUUUGGUUGUCUGUCCAAGCUGGUGUCGCUGGAGCUGCGCGAGAACCUGCUGAAGAACCUACCGGAGUCAAUUAGUCUGCUCACGAAACUGGAGCGCCUGGAUCUGGGUGACAACGAAAUCGACGAGCUUCCGUCGCACCUCGGCUAUCUGCCGUCGCUGCAAGAGCUUUGGCUCGAUCACAACCAGCUGCUGCGGUUGCCGGCCGAGAUUGGGCUGCUGAAGAAGCUCGUCUGCCUGGACGUGUCGGAGAACCGGCUGGAGGAGCUGCCGGAAGAGAUCGGUGGGCUGGAGUGCCUGACCGAUCUGCAUCUGUCGCAGAACCUGCUCGAAACGCUCCCGAACGGCGUGUCCAAGCUGACCAACCUGUCGAUCCUGAAGCUGGACCAGAACCGGCUCCACACGCUGAACGACAGCAUCGGGUGCUGCGUGCACAUGCAGGAGCUGAUCCUGACGGAGAACUUCCUCAGCGAGCUGCCGUCCACCGUCGGCAACAUGCUGGUGCUGAACAAUUUGAACGUGGACCGGAACUCGCUGGUCGCGGUACCGAACGAGCUCGGCAACUGCCGACAGCUCGGUGUGCUCAGCCUGCGGGAAAACAAGCUCACGCGGUUACCGUCCGAGCUGGGGAACUGUGGCGAACUGCACGUGCUGGACGUUUCCGGGAACUUGCUGCAGCAUCUCCCGUACUCGCUGGUCAACCUGCAGCUGAAGGCGGUGUGGCUGUCCGAGAACCAAUCGCAACCGGUGCCAACGUUCCAGCCGGACGUGGACGAGGCGACGAACGAGCAGGUGCUGACGUGUUUCCUGCUGCCCCAGCAACGCUACGUCCCGUCGAACCCGAGCCAGCGCGAAGACACGGACUCGGAGAACUGGGAGGAGCGGGAAGCGUCCCGCACACAUUCCGUCAAGUUCACGGAAGACUUCGGUGCGGACCGUGACACGCCGUUCGUGCGCCAGAACACGCCCCACCCGAAGGAGCUGAAGAUGAAGGCACACAAACUGUUCGCCAAGGAGCGCAAAUCGGACGAUCUGUCCGGAAAUUUGGACACCCUGUCGGAGGAGUCCGCAUCGCGCCCUUCGCUGCUGAACCGCUCCGGUUACGGCGCGACCACGAUGGAGGACAUACAGGGUCACGCUAUACCGCACGACGAGGAGCAGGGCGGCGAAGCGGCAGCAAGUGCGGAGGCGGGCAGUGUACAGGACAGUGCGCGGGACGAGGAGGAUGAUGGGUACGAGAAGCGUGUCGGUUUCGAGGUGAACGAAGACGAAGAAGACGAUGCCGAUCGGCAACAGUACGCCGGUGAGGAUGCCGAUGGCAAGAAACCAAUCUCCAAACUACAUCGCAGAGAUACACCGCAUCACCUGAAGAACAAGCGGGUACAUCAUACCAUCACCGAUAAAAACACGAACCUGAUGUUUACCUCGCUGAAGCUGAAGGAAAUGACACCGCCAAAGCUGGACGAGCAUCCCGUACUGGAGCAGGUCCCAUCGACUGCUGCCAGCAUCGCUGAAGACACACUCGACACGUACACCGCCCUGAAGGAGGAGCGGUUGGAGAUACACAUUGAGCGUACGUCUGCCGGGCUCGGACUAAGCAUUGCCGGUGGACGCGGCUCGACACCGUUCAAGGGCGAUGACGAGGGUAUCUUUAUCUCGCGCGUCACCGAACGGGGCCCGGCAGAUCUGGCCGGUCUGAAGGUGGGCGACAAGGUGCUGAAGGUAAACGGAAUCUCGGUCGAGGAUGCGGACCACUACGAUGCGGUCGAGGUGUUGAAGGCAUGCGGUUCCGUGCUGGUAUUGUUUAUUUCACGCGAGGUAACGCGCCUGAUCGGUCAUCCGGUGUUUGACGAUACGGGUUCGGUGGCACAAAUCAACGUGGUCGAUCAGGAAUCGUUGAAGGCGAGCGGAGGCCCACCGCUGCUGGGCGCUCCGCUCGGCGUACCGACUGUUGUCGGCGACAGUGUCGGCGUCCCGCCGUAUAUGGGCGCCCUGUCACCGAACACGGUCGGGCUGCCGAACGGUGGUGGUGGUGGUGUCGGUGUCGGCAGUAUGGAUAUGCCGAACGGUAACGAAAUAACGCAGAAGAUCAUCCUGCACACCACGCUGAUACGGGACCAGAUCGGACAGGGGUUAGGUUUUAGCAUCGCUGGCGGCAAGGGCCAUGCACCGUUUAAGGACGGUUCGGAAGGUAUCUACAUUUCCCGCCUGACCGAGAACGGGGUGGCACACAAGGAUGGCAAGAUAAUGGUGGGCGACCGGGUGCUAGCGAUAAACGGAGUUGACAUUACGAACGCGCAUCACGAUUAUGCGGUACAGCUGCUGACCGAUCAUCAGCGUUUUGUACGCUUGGUGGUGCAGCGCGAGGUGAAGGGACCGCUGGAAUCGCUCCACAGUCCCCGCAGCCCUGUCGUUGGUCCGAAUCGCCCCGGCACGUACAUGCCCAACCGUCUUGCAUCCACUUAUACCGGUUACCGUCGUACGGCAGAUGACGGUCAAGAUCCACAAAAUGCCCACCCACACCACCACCUUACCGAGUCCGCCAAAUCGCCCGACACCGACCCGAAGGUGGUGGAUGAACAGCACACGCAAAAGGUAACUGGCGGGGCUAAUGCACUUUCACCUAGCUCCACAUUUGCACCGCACACGCCAUCAGCCACACUGCUGCAGGGGCCAACGCAGGUGGAUGCUGCUAAGCAGCAGCAGCAACCUCCCCUGCCCGCACCGCGUACAGUAUUAAUGCAAAACGUAAAUAACAAACACAGCACCGCUAACAGUAGCUCUGACGGCAGCAGUAAUGGUGUGAUGCACAAGCCACUGGACCAUCAACCGUCCGAAUCGGCGGGAACCAUCAAUAAUGGUGUGGUAGCGCAUGCUGCCACUAACGACGACUCGCAGGUUGCAGCGAGGCCCAUGACCAGCGCAGAUUUUCAGGCCAUGAUACCGUCUCACUUUAUCAGCGGCGGGCGGCAGGUAACCGUGGACAAGUCCGACCACGGUCCCUCGGUCACGGUGACGGUGCAGAAGGCCGUGCCGGACAUGCCGAUGUUGCCGCCGGCACCGACCGAGCUCGGUACCGUCACGGAAACGAUUACCAAGUCAACGUUCACUGAGACGGUAAUGACCAGGGUCACUGACAAUCGCUUAUUGGAACCACUAAUCAGCGAGGAGGUUAUCCUGCCGAAAGAUCAAGGAUCGCUUGGCUUCAGUAUUAUCGGUGGCACUGAUCAUUCCUGCACCCCGUUCGGGGCAAACGAGCCGGGCAUAUUUAUAUCGCACAUCGUGGCCGGCGGUAUCGCUGCCCUGUCCGGUAAGCUGCGCAUGGGCGAUCGCAUCCUGAAGGUGAACGGAACUGAUGUGACGCAGGCCACUCACCAGGAGGCGGUGAUGGAGCUGCUUCGGCCGUGCGACGAUAUCAAGCUAACCGUGCAGCAUGAUCCACUUCCGGCAGGUUUUCAGGAAGUAGACAUUGUCAAGCAGGACGGUGAACGGCUUGGCAUGCAUAUCAAGGGUGGCCUAAACGGUCAGCGUGGUAACCCGCUGGACAACGCGGACGAAGGUGUUUUCAUCUCCAAAAUCAAUGCCAACGGUGCUGCCAAGCGCGACGGACGGCUGCGCGUUGGCAUGCGCAUCCUGGAGGUGAACGGUCUGUCGCUGCUGGGUGCGACACACCAGGAAGCGGUCGAUGCACUGCGCGCGUCCGGCAACAAGCUCCAUCUGGUCGUGUGCAAGGGUUACGAAAAAUCGGACCUCCUGCAUCUGACCGGCAGUGCGGGUGGUAUGAGCACCGGACUUAGCAACAAUGGCGAUAGUGCGAGAAUGGGAUCGCGUGCAUAUGAAACGGGUUCGGAGCUUAGCCAGAGCGUGUCCAGCCUCGAUCGAGACGAUUCGGUAAUUAUGGCCGAAACGCACCGAAAGCUAAGCGUGGACAAGAUCGAUGAAGAGUCGCUGCCUGUGAAACCCACUGCCGUCGAACCGAUCGAACAGCCCGAACCUACCUCCCAGGCUCUUAUCAGUGUCAAUCCAACCGAUCAGCAGCUAGCGAUCGGUUCGAAGGAGAAAAGUACCCCCGAAAAGGUACUGGAUAUCGUACGUGCAGCCGAAUCGUUAGCGCUCGGUAGUCAGCUAGUCGAAAAUGGACCACCAAAAUCACCAACGGAGGUGACGUCCGAACCGCUGCAGAAAACGACCACCAUCGUGAUGUCCAAGCACACCCUCGAUACCCAGACACCUCAGAUCGAACGCCGCUACGGAAGUGUACGGUUGUUGUCGCAUGCGAACGAACCUCCCAUCUCCUCAAUUAACUCCUCCACCACUGUAGUGAACCCCGCUGUCGAUACUAACUACAGCCAUACGAAGGGCGUGCAGAAGAUUGUACGACCCCAUCGACCACCGCCACCACCACCACCAACCACAGCGUCGGCAGGUUCUGCCACCCACACCGCACAAACAGUGGUAGAGCCGGCCGACACCGAUACGGAUCAACCUCCGACAACAAAACCACCGCCACCACCGACAACGGCAAAACCCGAAACGAAGGAACACGUCGUAGCGCACCGGAAAUCGGUUAGCUUCGAUCUGCACGAAGAGACGCACGGGUUCGAUGUGGCGCUCCAUCACGCGCGGGCCGCAUUCGCGGGUCCCUCGCCGACGCCCGACCUCAAGGGUAUAUUGCGCGCGAGCAGUCCGUCGUCUUCCUCCACGAACCGUAGCAACAGCUCGACACCGGAAGUCGUGCAGCACCAGCAGCACCGAGUGCCGCCCACGUCGAAGGUAAUGGUGGCGAACAUCGAUUCCGAUCCGGAUAUUGAUUCCGACACGGAUUCCGACACCGACUCCGACACGGAUGCAUCGGGCGAUGGACAGUCGUACGGGGAGCCGGAACCGUCGGAGGUGAACGAUCGUACCGGUGCAGCAGAUCAGAGUCAGAUACGUCGGGCAGAAGUUGUGCGCAACCAAGCGGCCCGUAAACUGCACGAAGAGUUCGGGCAGGGUGAUCUGGUAGAGUACGAGCACGAUUCCGCGACGAACACGAUCCGGGAGGUGGUGGUAGGUGGUGUGACCGGACCGGUAAGACACCCCGAGCGGGUCGAGGUGCUUCCGGCCAGGUACGAAACCCUGCCCAUCAAACGGACGGCACAGUUCGUGCACGAGAAUACACCGAACAACCUGCUCGUACCGGACGAGGUACACCGGCAGGUACUGCUGGAAGAGAACGAAGUGCGCAACAAGCUGCUGGCACAGUACGCACACGAACAGCAGCAUCAGCAACCGCAACAGCACCACCACCAACAACUCCACCAACAGCAGGUUUACACCAUGCACCACCACCAUCAUACCGGCGAGAUAAUGGGCCGUGUGCCUUCCCCGUAUCUGUACGAUGCUGGGUCCGUCCCUGUGUCACCGUUGCCGGCAUCGUCCCAGUAUGUUCCCGGCAGUGUGUACGAUCACCACCGCCAUCACCACCUCACCAAGAUGGCCGUUGCGCCCCCACCACCACCACCCGACAUUGGAUACCAUCUGCCGCAGAUCUACCCGCCGGUACAGAUCCUGCCCGUACACUACACCAAACUACCCACACCGCAGCACACCAUCUACACGUACGCGUCCGGCUCGGUACCGGUCAGCCAUGCGCCGAUCGUCUCACCGGCAACAGGCAGCCAACCUUCCCUACCCUACACCGCCGCACCCUACCCUCUGCCGUACAGUGGCAUCCCGACGCGGGUGGGGACGUCCACCGUCGGUACAUACGUGUCUUCCGUACAUCACCCGUCCACGAUCACCGCCCCCAUACUGAUGCCGUCACCACCGCUAGGGCCGAAGACACCGAAAAGUGUGUCCGACAAGAAGCGAUUCUUUGAAAACGCCAUGGAAGAUCAGCAGAAACCGACACCGAAAUCAGAUAAAGUCUUCUCCUUUCUAUCGCAAGACGAGGUAGAAAAGCUGAGACAGGAAGAGGAGCGAAAAAUUGCGACGCUCGGCAAGGACCGGGUGCACCAGCGUUUCGGUGCGGGCGAUGAUGAAGAAGACGACCGGUCGGAUGGGGGCGAUUGUCCGACAGGCGACAAGUCGGACAUUAACGAUAAUAACAUGAGAGAGGAUCUGACGGGGCGCGACAGUACCGGUGAGGAGCAGAAGAUGGUUGGUUCACUGCUGGCGGCAUCGUCACCACUCGCCAAAACGCCCAUGAGCCGCAUCCCGAUACGUACCGCGAAUGCAGAGAAGCGAGCCCGUGCCAGCAACUGUUUGCCGCCGGAGUACGACGAGUCCAAGCUGAGUCCGUCCGAGAUCCGCGCCCUACGGGCACAGAAACGAGCUGCAUGGCGGCAGGCGCGUCUAAAAUCGCUCGAAAACGAUGCCCUGCAGGCGCUGAUUAUGAUACAAACGAUGAGUGCCGCCGGACAGCUAGACGAGUCGACGAUGAAUGCGAGCAGCGCUAGCGAGGGCGGUGCAGGUGGUUUGCCACAGGAGGCCGAACAGCCGGUUGGCAGCAGUAACGCAUCGCUACCGUCACCAGCACAGUCCCCACUGCCGUUUGAAGCAGCAUCGUCACCCAACAGCAACGAUGAGGUGGAAACGAUGCGCGAAAAGAUUAUUAUGUUCGAGCUGGAAGACUCCUCGUCCGGCGACAGUGAGCGCGACGGUGGAAAGAUGGACGUGAACAAUGGUGUCACCGAGCCGGACGGUCACCAUCACCGGUGGGUGGAUGGGAAUGAGACGGAACAGCGGCGGGAAGUGGAAGCGGAAGAAGCGGCGAUCGCCGAACCGGAACCGAUCCAGCUGCAAACGAUCGUCGAAGUGAUUAACCCGAUGCUGACCGGUGAUGGUCAGCCGAACGAUAUUGCGAUCGGCCGCUACAGCGAUGUGGUGUACGGCGAGGAAGAUUCACUAGUGGCAGCACCGACAACGAACGCACCAGUCGAGUACGGCCGGUACGCGUACGAGCACGGAACGUACGAGUCAAUCAACGACAAGAUGAAGCAUGUGCUGCGCGAGCUGAAGCAAAACGAGAAGGUACGGCAAAACCUCUCCAAAAGCCUCACGGAGGACGAAAUCAUCGCCCUACAGGCGCAGGAAGCGGAGGAAGCGGAAGAUGCGGAGUUGGACGAUGAGGAGGGUGACGUGCCGGAACGGUACGAGGAGAAAACGGGCGCCAUCGGGACGGUGUUUAUGGUGCGCGAGCGACUGAUCAACGAUUUCUACACCCACCAGAGCGAACUGGCUCAGGAGCAGCAGCAGCAGCAACGGAAGUACCAGCAGAAGCUGCUAGACGACAACGUGUCGUCGGCGUAUCGUGACUGCGAGGUUAUCACGAACCCGAACGCGGAACGGUUUUCGCCCGCAUUCGAUAACCAUUCCGGACCGGGGCAGCUGUACCAUCAGACGCUGCACUCGGAAAAGCUAAAGGCCGUGUUCGGCAGUGACGACGACGAGGAAGACGACGACGAAAAGGAGGGAGAGGAGGACGAGGUGGACGAUCAGCGGAACGGUAAUGUGGCUGUCGGUACGGUCGAGCCAGUGACGGUGCGUGAUAGUGCCGCUGCUGAUGAUGAGGACGACGAUGAGGGAGACGAGGAAACGGUACCGAGCCGCGUUACUGGCCAAACGACCAACGGGUCGACCGAAACCACCACAAACACCACCACCAACAAUACCGUCCCGUCCGCAACGAACCUCGCGACCGGUGGUGCCAGCAACAAGCGCAAGAAGCGAAAGGGCAAAAAGAAAAAGUAAUAUAUCAUCGACGUGUGACAGUGGGGAUGGAUCUUCCAAGAGCUGACCGGGUCGACGCUCCUUCUUAGCUAAAUGUAAACGAUUUUAAUAACUGAGGGGGGGAGGGUAAAGGGAAGUCGAUGCAAUUAUCUCCCCUCUUCGUGAGACAGCAGUGAGUUUUUAGGUUUAUUUUAACAACAUCCCUAGAUAGAGAUAGUAAGAAGGAAAAAUAGAGAUAAGGAGAGAGAGAGAGAGAGAAAUCAAAAUGAAUCACCUCCGCUUAUAUACAGAGAUGUCAAACGAUAGUAUAGACAUGAGCAGCGAGAUAUUGAUGUGUGCGAACAUAUAAUUGAAACACGUUUUGUUUGAUGUUUAAUUCGACAAAUCCAUGAUAAUUCAUCUUUAAGAAUUUAUGAAUGUUUAAGGAUGAUUAAAUUUUUUGAUAGUUGUAUAGUGAUUUGAAUAACUCCUUUAUAAAGAUGUAUACGAAAGACUCUUUGUACUACAAUGUUUCUUUCUAUAUUGAGGUUUCGUAAUAGCAAGAGUAAUAUUGGUAAGAUAUUCAAUCAAAAAAGCUGGAUAGCAUCCUUGGAUGAAUAGAUGCACACCGAAGCAGUCUUUCAACAAUUCUCUUAUUACUAAACCAGUAUAUUGAAAAGAUUCCCUUGUUGUUGGAAAAGUUUAUCGCUAUAUUAGAAUGAUGCUGUUUACCAACAACUGCAUUAAACAGACGGCUCUAUCGGUUGUAGAGCAGUUCUAAACGUCUGUAAAACGCUGUAACUUCCAGAAUGAAAUCCGAUUACAUGCUCGCAUCCACCGAUAUCUCAUGAAACUUGUCUGUACAAUCAUUGAAAUCACUCCAUGUCUGUGUAUUUAGGUGUGUGUGUGUUUGCACACACACACACAAAUACACCACACCUGGGGGCGAAGGAAACGGAGGUAGUAAAACAACACACGAAAACGGGGGACAGCCAGUGCAGGUGCAGCUUUUGAAUUAAGAUAUAUUAUUUUUUUUUGCCGAUACAAUUCUUAUAAUUAUGUUUCCCAAUUUUUGUUUCAUUUUUUUAAUAAUUCCUCGUACGUUGUCGCUUUGUCGAUGAACCUCGUUUAAUUUAUACGCAAUAAUGCCUAGUUUACGUUACGCAUACUCCCGCCCCACUACCGGUAGACAUUUUUAUUUUCCAGUUGCAAUAAUGAUCAUCUAACGAGAACGGUUCAGUUUUCUGUUUUCGUAUUUUAUCAUAAAGUUUGUAUCUCCACAUAGUUAUUUAUCGCGACGUAUUGAUGCAUUGUUUGAAGCACACAUGAAUUCUGAUUUUUUAUUUUUUUUUUGUUUUGUUUCGAUUCUUACUUAUAGCUUUGCAAAACUCCUUACAAGUGCUUCAUUUUGAUAUUGCUUUACACAAGGUUUUAUUAUAUUUUAGAGUAGUUAAAACGGAGCCCAUGAAGUGACAGAGGCGCGAUGCGGAAGGAAGUUGGAUAAGGGGGGAGGGAGUCACAGAAGGGCGAGAAGAAGACGUAGGAUAGUGAAAGGGACAAAACAGGAAGUUAAAACAUGUGAGUGUGUAUGUGUAUAUGCCGUUUUUGUGUGUAUGGGUACGUGAACAUGGAAGGCUUUAGGGGAAGCACUAACAAUUUGUUUUAUUUUAAUUUUUUAUUUUAAUUCGGAACCAACGCCUCCAUUCCUUUUUGGGCGUG